UGAGGCUUCGAAUCUCCCAAGCUCACCUGUGACCAUCACCGACGCCAUUCUUUCAAGCUGUAUGCCACACAGCUGUGCGUGAUCGUGUCUCACUCGUGCAAAGGCAGCGACUGACUCCGUGAGCCACAGAUCACCACUCCACCAGCAUUUCCCUCCACCAAGCGACAGCAGUGUUCCAUUCAUCGGAAGCACGAUGAAGGGACCCUCCCUCCACCACCACCUACCAUGAGCUCGUCAGACGACGGCAACAAAAGCGGCAACAACAAAGGCAGCAGCAAUGGAAGCGGAGGCAAGGGCAAAGGCUCCGGCAACGACAGCAUCUUCUUCUUCCAGCCCUCCAAGGACGUGAAGCGAUUCGCCAAACGCUACCGCACCGAGAUCAGCGCAUCCACCUCCUCCGUCCUAUCGACCUUCGCCGCUUUUCCUCUCGACUUCGCCAAGUCGCGCAUGCAAUCCUACGAAACGGGCUUCGUCCACACCAUCAAAGAUGCCUACCGCGCUGAAGGCUUGCGCGCAUUCUGGCGGGGCGUGACCCCACCGCUCAUUUCUGUCACUGUGGUGAGAACCAUCAGCUUCAGUCUUUACCAGAAAGCCAAGUACGCAUACGAUGCGGUGAUACACGAAAUGACGGGCAAGAGUCCCCUCGUGACCGCGAAUGCUCCGGGCUCUUAUCCGACAUUGGGUACCAUGGCGUGUUUCGGUGCUGCAGGCGCGACUGCCGGAGCAGUGAUAACGACUAUCUCGUGUCCUUUCGAGCUGACGAAGCUUAAUGAGCAGCUGGCGGGGAAAGAGGCGAGGAAGGCGGCUAUGGUGAAGUUCCAGAGUAGUGGAGCAACGAGCCAGAGUGGUGCCGCACCGGUAGUAGAUCUGAAGAGUGGUGGGAGUAUGGCUACGGCGAGACGCCUGGUCAGAGAUCGUGGAUUCACGGGUCUGUAUGCUGGAUACCGAUUGCAUUUGCUAAGAGACACGGUCGGGACGGCAAUCUACUUCAUGACCUAUGAGAGUGCAAAGCAGUUGAUGGGCAAUGCGAGAGGGAAGAGUGCCACUUCGCCGUAUGCUGUGCUUGCUGCUGGAGGACUCUGCGGCAUCGUCAGUUGGGCUUGUAUAUACCCUGUGGACGUUGCCAAAACUGUUUACCAGAAGGCCUUACUCAGCGCAGGCAGUGGGCAUGCCGCUCGACCAGCGAUUCGAUUCUUCGCCGGAGGUUCAUACCGAGGACUGGGCGUUUCCGUGCUGCGAUCGUGUAUCAUCAACAUGAUCUUCUUCAGCAAUUUCGAGCUCAUGAAGAAGCGGAUCAAUUCCAUGGAUGACGAUGUUGAUUGAACCCACCAUGCAGAACUUGACACUUGAUCAAGUGCAAGCGGAAGACCAAACGAUAAUGGUAAUUGCCAUCUGCGAAGACAGAAGGCGGAAGACGAAGCUUAAAAGUCCUUACUUAUUCUCUCAUCGGCGCAGCGGGCAGGAGCAUCAGAAUUCAGUCAAUCAAGCAUCUCAUGGAAGCGACAAGGGAGGCAGCAAGCAAGCACCGCACACCAAUGCGGAGGCAUACACACAUUUGAAGGCGUUAUUGAGCGUGGAUGGCGAAGGAGUUCUCGCGGGCGUUCGUUUGGAGAUUCACCAUUGAGUUGCUGGUUGAGCACCCGGCGGGUGCGAUGCUCCUGGCAUUUGAUGAAGGGCAUGCAGGGUGAGGCUUUUUUGUUGAUGGGAAUUGGGGAAAGAGCGAUGCAUUCGCGAAGGGAGAACUGACUGCAAGUGCAGAUGUUGAUGAGCUGGACAUAGCAUGGCUGAGAAAGCAGCCAAAAACAUUGGAAGCAGAGCAGAAUCGACAG